AUGUUGCGUGUGGGGUCGUGGCUGUACGGGAAGAAGGCCGCGAGCGCCUCAACCCAAUCUCUGGACUCGCUGGUCGAGCUGAAAGACUCGGCGACAUUCAUUUUGAAUGACGAUGUCGACAGUGCCGAAGCUGGUCUCGCUCAGGGUACCUCGACCUACCAUACGCUCGGGAAGGGUAUGGUGGCUUUUGUUCGAGCCACAUUGGGCUUUGAACAAGAGUUCAUGCGCCAAGCGUCCGAGCGACUGAGCGAAGCCGAGUCAUCAGCAGCCAACGAUCACCAUCGUGCACAGCAUCGCGCCCAGGCUCCGAAUGCCUAUCGCUCCGAGAUUUACGCCGCCGGCAGCGAAUAUGCACUUUGCCAGGCGAUUGCCCAGCUGAUGGGCGCGGUCGUCGGUGUUCUCAAUGAGAGCCUGACUGAAAGCAUCAAGGGCUUCUACCGCAUGCGAAAGGCUUACAUUGCACUGGAUGCAAUCUUGAAGAUGGAAGCGACCUUUAUGGAGAAGAAAGACCCCAAGCGGGUUCUUUUGAAGAGCUCAAGUGAUCUGUCCAAGAUCAGCCUGGCCAGCGCCGACAUCAAAUCAGCACAUUCGGCCAGUGAAGUUCCCAGCAAACCAGCUUCCACCUCCGCCGAGUCGCCGAUAAUUGACGAGGCCCUCUCACCUGGGAUUUCUGGAUUAAAAAUAGGGACUGAUCCAGACAUCAGCUCGGGGCCCUUCACAUCGGGCACUUCCACGCCCGGUGCGUCCAAAAUCAUCAACCAUGAUCCCGACUCGGAUAUCUUUCAGAACGAGAUUGACGUCUUUGUGCAUUCCGGUGCAAACUUUUGCUUCGGCAUCCUUCUUCUGCUCAUCUCGAUGGUCCCUCCCGCCUUCAGCAAACUGCUGUCCAUCAUUGGUUUCCAUGGUGACAAGCAGCGAGGACUUCAGAUGCUGUGGCAGGCAAGCAAAUUCCACAAUAUCAUCGGAGCCAUGGCAGCGUUGGCAUUGCUCGGCUACUACAACGGGUUCGUGCGAUAUUGCGAUAUCAUGCCAGAUCCGACGCCAGGUGAGGACCUGGAGAUCUAUCCACGGGAGAAGCUGACGGAGCUCCUCACGGAAAUGCGGUCUCGGUUCCCGAACAGUCGGCUCUGGCUUCUCGAGGAGUCGCGGAUGAAAGGUGCGAACAAGAACUUGGAUGGCGCUCUGGAACUGCUAUGCACUGGCACCAGCAGUCCACUGAAGCAAGUUGAGGCGCUCUGUGUGUUUGAGAAGAGUCUGAACGCUCUCUUCCUGCAUAAUUACGAUGUGUGCUCGGCAGCUUUCAUCGAGUGCGUUGAUCUCAAUUCUUGGUCCCGUUCCUUAUAUUACUACAUUGCUGGAUCAUGUCACGUUGCGCAGUAUCGCCAACUGCACACUAGCGAUCCCAAAAAGGCCGAGGAACACGCCGCUAAAGCGAGGGAGUACAUCCGCAAAGCCCCGCCACUGGCUGGCAAAAAGCGCUUUAUGGCUCGGCAACUUCCGUUUGACGUCUUCGUCACACGCAAGAUUGCCAAAUGGGAGGCUCGCGCCAAGGAGUGGAAAGUUGAUCUCAUCGACGCUAUUGGCGUCGAUCCGGUUGAGGAAAUGAUCUUUUUCUGGAACGGCCAUAGUCGCAUGACACCUAGCCAGCUGGAGGAAUCUCUUGUCCGGUUGGCGUGGUGUGAAAGCAACGAGAAUAAGACUUGGCCUCGCGAGGGCAAAGAAGACAAGGCUAUCCUGGAUCUCCUUCGAGCCGCCGUCCUGCGGUCGCUGCACAAAUACGACGAGGCCAAGGAAGUUCUUCGCACCAAAAUUCUCCCGCACGAGAAAUCGAUCUUCAAGGGUCCACUGAAGGAUGACUGGGUCUUGCCGGCUGCGCACUUUGAGAUGGCUGCCAAUGUCUGGAUGGAGCGACCGACCUAUCAAUCUCUGCAUCAGGUCUCGGACAAGCCUGCGGACUUGCCAGCAGAGCGCAAACUAGUGUCUACUUGUAAGGAGCACCUCGACCACGCAGCUCGGUGGGAAAGCUAUGAACUAGACGCACGUAUCGGUCUCAAGGUCACUGCUGCCAUCGAGGCUGUUCAGCAGUGGGAGACUCUGCAUCCCGCCCAGUAA